AUGAGCGUCACUAUUAAGUUAUCUAAUGGGACUCAAAGAGCCGUUGAUGUCCCUGAUUUAGGUAUAAGCGUGGCAGGGUUCAAGGAGCUUGCGGCUGCAGUUAUAGAUAUUCCUGCUGACGAACAAAGAGUUGUAUUGCGAGGCAGAGUGCUCAAGGAUACCGACGUUCUUUCUGCCAUGGGAAUGGAAUAUGGCCAGGCAGUUCAUAUUGUCCGUGGUCAAAAGUCUGCAAAAAAGGAAACACCAGCAGCGCCUACAACAAGCCAAAGUACUACAAACGCUCAGGGAACCCAAUCCAAUCCUACACCACAAAGAGAAUCUGAAGUUACUAACCCUUAUAUGGCUUUAUCUGGAAACCCACCGGCGGCAGAGGGAACGGCCAGCAGUAUUUUUCCAAAUGCAGCACCGGGGUGGCCAAUGUCCUCGGAUGGCAUGGCACAAAUGUGGCGAAAUCCGGCAUUUCUUCAGUUGGUUCAAGAAACCAUGGGAAAUUCGCAAAUUAUGCAGCAACUGAUGCAGCAAUCACCUACAGACCGUUUUGGUGGCAAUGAUGUUUUGAUGCAGCAGCUGCUGAAUAAUCCAGCUCUUCUUCAACACACAAUGCAAUUGAUGAGUAAUCCGGCCUUUAUGCAGCAAAUGUUGCAGGCGACAGGUGGUGCGCCCCCCGGUCAGAAUCUUCCUUUCUUUGGACAGCCAAGCACACAGCCAAUGAAUCCUCUUCCGGCGACUGGUUUUUCUCAGCCACAGGGCGAUCCUCGUGCUAUCUAUCAAUCCCAGUUGCAGCAGCUGAGGGAAAUGGGAUUUCCAAACGAGGAGGCUAAUCUCGCCGCUCUGCAGCAAGCACAGGGUAAUCUCGACUUUGCCAUUGAAAGACUUCUUAACGCAUGA